UGAGUGCGUAGGGGGGACCCAGGAGAGAGACUACUCCUAAACAUAGAGACAAACGCCUUUCUCAAACACUGAAAGUGAGACAAGGCAUUUUUUAUGCUGUACGAUCGUUGGCACAAUCCAAUAAAUACAAUUAUCGGACUUAUCAACAACAACAACAACAAAACGACCAACGACGAAAUCCCUACUUUUGCAAUCAUCGGAUUUUCUAGCGGUUAAUUUUUUAAAUCCACCUCCAGCGUUACUCACCGAGCUUCUUUAAGUUAGAAAACAAAACUUUGUGUUGGACUUUUACCGCUAAACGGAGAUAAAAUGACGCUCAAGUCGAAGGCUCCAUGUUUCAAGUCCAAGUUUAUCACUGCGGAGCUGGCUCACCUGUUCAGCCAGUCAGACAGUGAGGAGGAGUUUGAAGGUUUCAGCGAGGAAGAAGAGGAAGAAGACAGGGGAUGUUUUAACAAACGGCUAAAGACCAAGAUGGUGGAAUCAGAAGAGGACAGCGACAUGGACACAGGCUUCUACUCUGAUGGCGAGGAGGCCGCCCCAGCAAAGAGGAAGAGUCUUUUAGUAGCCCUGAGGUUUCCAGUCAAAAGACUGUCUACCCCGAAACAGGAACCGCAAGAGAGUAACGUCAAGAAACCAGCCAAAGAAACUCCUCCGCCACAGAGAGCAAGUAGAAGACAAAAGAUGAAGCAGCAACAGGAUGAGAAGGAGGACGAGGAGGUGGAGGAGGAGGAGGAAGACAAAGAGGAGGUCCUGUCUCAGAGUCUAAAGAAAAGAGACAAGAACAUCAAGGAAAACAAGGCUAUGCUGGCUAAGCUGUUUGCUGAUCUGAGCACCAUGGCUGACCUGACUCUGCCCACAACCCCUCUAAAAAAGAAGCGGGCAUCAGAAAAGGUAAUGCCACGGAAACGCAAGUUUGAACCAGAGAUUGGGUCAGAAAGGAGGAACCCGUCUCGUAAGGCUCGUCCGCCAGAGAACUUUGCAGUGGAGGAAAAGAGCGAGCCACUCACCCACAGAAGCCCUAGGACUGUAGACAUCAGGAGGCUGGUGGAGGUGGACGAGGAACAUGUCACUGAGGGACGAAAAAAGAGGAAGAGCCACAGUUCACGAAGGAGCCAGUAUGAGGUGAGGUCGGUGGAUGAGAUUACCAAAGAAGACCUGGACAACAUAGCGUACCGCAGCAAAGACAAGAUCUGGGACAAGGAGAAUGGCAGCUCGUGUCACCAGUGCAGACAGAAGACUCUGGACACCAAGACGGUGUGUCGCAGUGGUUUCUGUGUGGGAGCCAAAGGUCAGUUCUGUGGACCAUGUCUGAAGAACCGCUAUGGAGAGGAUGUACGUGCUGUGCUGCUCGACCCGACUUGGUCGUGUCCCAUCUGCCGUGAGAUGUGUAACUGCAGUCUGUGUCGUAAGAAGGAGGGCCGCUGUGCAACCGGCAUCCUGGUCGGAUUGGCCCGCUACAACGGCCACGACAACGUCCACGAGUAUCUCGCGAGCAUUCAGAAGGAGCUUCAGUAAAGUCCAGACAGGAGACCAGAGAGGAGAACCUGCUCGUACAGCUGGGACCUGGAGCAGACUGGCGUGCUGCACAGUACUGUAGAACUCAUUUUAAAGCACAUUUUUAGGUUUAGAUCAACCUUUUAUCUAACUAGAGAAACAAGCAAAAAGUUUUUUUUUUUUUAUAUCACCUUAACAUAAGGCACAUAUACUGUUUAUAUGUUUUAUAUGUCCUGAUUUAAGGCUGCAUAAGAUGCAGGGAUGUUUUUGUUGUUCUAAAGUCAGUACUCACUUUUUGAGUUGUAUAUUUUCAUUUGAAUAUUUCUACUCUCGAUGUUCACUAGAACAAAUGUAACUAUUUUCUAUGGUGCAAAGGGGGCCUCUUAUACCAACUGCUUUUCUAAAAGUUUGCAGCAUUCUUGUCAGUUCACUGUAAAUUUGAAUAAAGUAUGGCGUUAUCCUGA